GCAUAUAUUCACCAGCGCUUCGCCCGAACACCAGUCAAUCCUUAGAUCGCUAAGCGUAGCGAUCGAAUCAGUUGAGCGUACCGAUACAUCGCACUCGAACAACACUACGCUCGUUUGCGCGCGUUACACAGCGUUCGCGUCGGGGGAUUCGCAUUAAGAUUUGUACGUUUUUAUAAGGCGUGAAGAUGGCUGAUACACACGCAAAAAUAGAAGAUAACCCGAAGAUAUUAUCGGGGCCUGUGCUCACAAACUCGCCUAACGCGGUCCUGUCCAAGACCCUGUUGGGAAGGUACAAUGACCUUCCGAUACCCGCGGACAAGAUUCUGGCGACAUACAUCUGGAUCGAUGGAACUGGCGAACACUUGAGAUGCAAGGACCGCACCUUGAACUUCAUUCCUAAAGUACCCAAAGAUCUGCCCAUCUGGAACUUCGAUGGCAGCUCUACGGGUCAGUCUGAUGGACACAACUCGGAUACUUUCCUGUACCCCCGUGCUAUCUACCGGGAUCCGUUCAGACGUGGCAACCACAUCCUUGUCAUGUGCGACACCUAUAAGUACAACAUGGAACCUACAGGAACCAACCACCGCAUCAAGUGUUCAGAGGCUUACGAGAAGUGCAAGGAUGAUGAACCCUGGUUCGGUAUCGAACAGGAGUACAUCUUGCUGGACUCUGACCUGAGGCCCUUCGGAUGGCCCCCAGGCGGUUUCCCACCACCACAGGGCCCUUACUACUGCGGUGUUGGUGCCAACAAAGUUUUCGCCAGGGAUCUUGUCGAGGCUCACUACAGAUGUUGUCUAUUUGCUGGCGUUCCUAUUUCUGGCACCAACGCUGAGGUCAUGCCCUCUCAAUGGGAGUUCCAAGUUGGCCCCUCCGUGGGUGUAUCGGCUGGUGACGACCUCUGGGUCGCCCGCUACAUCCUGAACAGGCUCGCUGAGGAGUACGGAGUCAUCGUCAGCUUCGACCCGAAACCAGUUCAGGACUGGAACGGUUCUGGUGCGCACACCAACUUCUCCACCAAAAAGAUGCGUGAGGACAACGGUAUUAUUGAAAUCGAGAAGGCGAUUGACAAGCUGUCUAAAGUUCACAUGAAACACAUCAAGGUGUAUGACCCUCGCGGAGGAAAGGACAACGAGAGACGUCUGACGGGUCUUCACGAAACAGCCAGUAUUAAUGACUUCAGCGCCGGGGUUGCCAACCGCGGCAGCAGCAUCAGGAUACCGCGGACGGUGGCCGAGGAGAAGAAGGGCUACCUGGAGGACCGCCGACCGGCGUCGAACUGCGACCCGUACGCCGUGAUCGACGCUCUGAUGCGCACCUGCAUACUGAACGAAUAACAGCGGCGCCGCUCGCCCCAGGCCCGGCCCGAGCCCACACUCAGCUAGCGACCGCAUCACCAAUAAUCCGUCUAUUUUGUUCGUGCCUGGUUGCCAACGCAAGCUGUAUGUACCUGCACCAAAUGUGCAUUAUAAAAAACCCUCUUCCAUUUUAGUGAUAUACAUAUACCACAAACGCAACACCAACUUACUUUCUUUUGUAUAGAACAUUUACCCAAUAUAUUCACUAGCGACAAAUCGAAUAAUAUAUGGCCUAUAGGUAUUCAAUAGAAUAGAGUAAUUAAUUUACAAUAAUUAUACAGAUAACUGAAUAAAAUGAUAAUAAUACCGACACGUGAUAGAGGUAGUGCGUUUAAAAGGACCAUAUAAGAUAUUAAUAUAUUGUAUAAGUAGGUAAAUAUUUCUACGAAUAUUAUGUGAUAUUUAAAAAUUGUUAUUUUGAUGUUAAAUAGUUUAAUUGUAUACAAAUAACCACAUAUCAUUAUUUUUAACAAAUUCAUUUAAUGCAUAGUUGCAAAUUAGUUUUAGUCAACAAAUAACCCGAAUGAGAAUACUUGAAUUGCUUGACAUACUUUAUGUACUAACACAAGAGAAACUAGAUGAUUGUCCGAAGUAAAUUGCUACUAACGGUAGUUGACCGUGCAAAAUAACAUUUGCAUAUUAGAGUAUAACGUAAUGGGUAACCGCAGGAGCCUUUUAAAGUUCAAGCACUUAUGAAAUAUGUCUAUAAACGUGAACACCGUGUAUACUCGUGUAGAGCACAAAAUAUUAUAUUACUAUUGUCUGAGUAAAAUUAUUUAUGCUAUUAUAUGUAUAAGAUGUUUAAAUUGUUUUGCAUGCAUCGGAAAUUGGUAUGAAUUAACAAAAUGUAAGUGUAUAAGAAAAUGUUGUUAUAAAAUACGAGAUAUUAUAAAAAAAUAAAGAUACUUUGUUGUACUAAUUA